UGAUUGGUUCGAAUGCGUCCGUCAAUCGUCGUUCGACAUUUUUUUCCAGCACAAAACUGAGCUAUUGUGAAACGAGAACUUUCUGUGGCUACGGUAGGCAACCUCUUCAAAACUUCCCUGGUCCUCGGAGAGUGCACGGGAUUUAUCGCGUUGGAUCUGUACCGAAGCAAAUAUUCAACUCGUUGAUCGAAAUAAGGGACUGGAAAGGACUUCAAAAAAUAUUUUUUACGGUAGACAUUGACAGCAUUUAAAAAACUUUCAAAAAUGACUCAGUUCAACAAGGGACCUGCGUACGGGUUAUCCGCAGAAGUCAAAAGCAAGAUCGCACAGAAAUAUGACCCACAGAAGGAGGAGGAGCUUCGUUACUGGAUCGAGGACGUGACGGGCAUGCCUAUCGGGGACAACUUUCAGAAGGGCCUGAAGGACGGCGUUAUCCUCUCCGAGUUGAUUAACAAACUACAGCCUGGCUCAAUAAAGAAAAUCAACCACUCACAGCUGAACUGGCACAAGCUGGAGAACCUUGGGAAUUUUAUCAAAGCCAUCCUAGCAUAUGGCUUGAAGCCCAAUGACAUCUUCGAAGCCAAUGACCUCUUUGAAAAUGGGAACAUGACUCAAGUCCAGACCACCCUCCUCGCCCUGGCUAGCAUGGCAAAGACUAAAGGUAUGGACACCAAGGUUGACAUUGGUGUGAAAUACUCUGACAAGCAGGCAAGGCACUUUGAUGACGAGAAGAUGAAGGCUGGCCAGUGUGUUAUUGGACUGCAGAUGGGGACCAACAAGUGUGCCAGUCAGGCUGGAAUGACUGCUUAUGGGACCAGGAGGCAUCUCUAUGACCCAAAGGCACAGGCAGACAAGCCUUACGAUCAGACCACCAUCAGCCUUCAGAUGGGAACUAACAAGGGAGCCAGCCAGGCUGGCAUGGCAGCCCCAGGCACCAGGAGAGACAUCUUUGACCAGAAGGUGGCAAUCCAGCCGGUGGACUCCUCCACCAUCUCCCUGCAGAUGGGCACAAACAAGGUGGCCUCCCAGAAAGGCAUGAGCGUGUACGGGCUGGGGCGGCAGGUGUACGACCCCAAAUACUGCGCCACGCCCACGGAGCCCGUCAUCCACACCAACGGCAGCCAGGGCACGGGCACCAACGGCUCGGAGAUCAGCGACACGGACUAUCAGGCCGAGUACCCCGAGGAGUACCAGGGCAACUAUCACGACGAGUACAGCGGGCCUUACGACGACCAGGGCAUCGACUAUUAGGAACCCUAGGCUGUAGUCUGAGCAGUAUUAACAAGUACCUUCUAUCAACAGAGCAAGUCUUUUGCUAUCCUUACUAGUCUUCCUUGUUUGUUUUUAUUGAUGCAUAAGAGAUGAAUAUUGCCUUAUUUGCAUUCCUAUCAUCCAUUUGAGUGGCAGUAUUUUUUAAUCAAUCAUAGUUUUGUGUAGAACUGUAAUGAUGCUGAGUUCUGUUAUCCUAUAAAAAAAGAACAUUCCUUUUUAUCUUCUUUAAUCUUUUAUGAAGUAUGAAGUACUGUGAAGUAACAGGUCCCUAUUCAAAAACUAUGCAGCAUUGGCUUUAUACACAAUUUUUUUUCCUUCUUUUUUAACUUAAUUUUUUUAUCAAGCGGUUCAUCGCUUUUAAAGGAAAUACUGCAAACUCAAGCUUGCCAGUCCCUGGAUACUGUUUCCACUGGCCUUGCUUUAACAGACCCCCCUCCCUCACCCCACUCCUCCCCGACACCACCCCAUCUCUAUCAGAGAAGAUCUUCAAAAGACAUCUUUUAAAUGGACAUUUAAAUGGACAUUUUUAUAAGUGUUAAAAUUUUAUUGGUUGCAUUGAGAUCUGUAGUGUAAUAAGGGUACAUAUGGGAGACCAUUAUGCAGCAUUCUAGUCUCAUUUCAUGUGAAAUCACUGGAAUGUGUGUUUCUGCUGUGGUGAAGCGUGGGUAUUCCGAGCGGUUUAUGCAUUUGUUACGAGCAAAUGCGAGUUUUAUCUUCCAACUUUUAUGCCGUUGCUUCCUAGUGCCAUAAUGUCCUCAUUCAUUAAAAGCCCCAUCCCCCUGUAUUUAUUGCCAUGUUUUUCAGUAUAAACUGUUCCUCUGUUGUAUGGAUCUUUUUAUGAAUACGGUGUAUGUUAUAAAUAAAGCCUUUAAUACAUUGGUCACAUGAAACUCCAUUUGUAAUUGAUGAAACUGGGACCUGACAGCUGAACUGACGUCUUAUGAAAGUCAGAGUGGCUUUUAUGGCACAGUAAAUAAAGUGUCUUUCGGGGAGUGUUCUUUCUGUUGGGAUUCACAUCCACAACUGGCAAUAUCUCUCCUCUUUCCUGUAAGCUGACUGAUAGCUGCAGGCCUUAGCUGUGAGCCGGCUUCAGGACGACUUGCUUAAUAAACUGGCACAUACGACCCUCUUUUAAAUGCAGAGCUGGGAUCUUUGGAAGAGGACUGUGAAUAUGCGCUAAAUCUGUUCAUAUGAGAAGAAAAGCCCAUAAAUCUUGUGACCGAAGCUAGCCUCACAAGACCUCAGAAGAAGGUUUUCUGGAUGACAGCCCACCCAUCCAUGUCCCAUAGUCUCUGGAAACGUUUAUAGAAGCAAGCAUUAGGCCAGCAAUCUCUCUGCAGUUUUUGCCUUUUGAUCAGAAGGCGUUUUGUCAUGCUUCCAUAGACCUUUUGUAAUCUGCCACAGACAUCUGAGAAUGUAAAAUAGAUCCCUGCAAAACCAAUGAGGAGCCUCCCAUAAGAUUAUGUUCCGAAAACAUGAUUCACUCCAAAUUUAUGUUGCCGCUGAAACCAAUUUCAUCAAUCGUGUGAUUGUAGAAAUGAGCUGAUGUAGAAAAGUCCUGUGUGAAGAGUUUCCUCGUGCUUCUAAAGCAUGAUGUAACACGGGAACAUCAAAAUUAACCAUUAACCUAAAUGAAGCCCGUUGUUUUGUUCAGUUUUUUCUUUUUUUUUUUUUUUUACUGAUUUGAGGAGAGGGGAGUAACGUUGCAGAUGGCUGAGCAGGGUGAUGAAUGUGUGGGUGGGAAUGGGAUAACAUUCUUGCUCUUUGUGGGAGACGGAUGAUUGGUUGAACACUGAAGCCACUGAUGUAAGCUGGAUACGGUUCGUUUAGUAAAGGUAAUGUGUGUAAAGUCAAGUCCCAAGCUCUGGAGGCUUUUUAAGGUUAUUGUAGUCACUGAAGGAAGUUGUUUUAAGGAGUCCGCAUUUGUUAAGGGCCACGCAAUGUAUGUACGUGAGGGGGAAGUGUAAAGAAACAGGCUGUUGUAUCAGCUUUCGCAAUUGCUAUGAUGGCUCAGUUCUGCUAAGUGUGAACAUGGUUAAUUUUCCAAUGACAGGUUCAAGUAACAGAUAAAAUACAUUUUAUCGGUUACUUCUGGAAUGACAGGUUCAAGUAACAAAUAAACUGCAUUUUAUCCUUGAGAUCUGCUGAUUUAUUCUGAGAAUGUAGAACUCAAAUAAAUGCCUUUGAAGUCAA